AUGGAAAGGAAUCCUCUCGUGAAGCAGCACAAGUCGGACCAUAUCUGGUUGAGAGUGCCGAGGCUUCUGUAUUUUCACGAAAUACCCCCGUGGCAGCAAGACAAUGAAUACCUUUUAUCAGGCUAUAGGCCUACAUCUGGCUCUACCUGGGUUUCCUUCGCCGGCCUGGCUUAUCUGCACAACCAAACGAUCAAUAUUUAUUCACAUUUAGUUGGAUGCAUCGUUUUUUGUGCCUUGCCUUUCUACUUCUAUUGGAAUUAUUAUCGGCUCCAAUCAAAUGCAUAUGUUGACGAUCUGGUUGUAAUAUCCAUUUACUGUCUUGGAGUUGCAGUCUGCUUUGCAUUCUCAGCGACAUUUCACAUACUAUGGAAUCAUAGCCAAACUCUCACCUCAUUUUGGAAUAAGCUAGACUAUCUAGGCAUUCUCGUUUUAAUGUGGGGUGCCGGUAUUCCGACGAUUUACUAUGGCUUCUUCUGCAACCAGAAAUUACAGUGGUUUUACUGGAUGACUACAAGCAGCACUGCACUAUGCUGUACUAUAGUCACAUUACACCCACGCUUCAUCUCGCCCCAAUUCAGGCGUUGGCGCGCAUGCUUUUACGGUGGAUUUGGACUAAGUUCUAUUAUAUUUGUUAUUCAUGGUCUAAUUCUCCAUGGAUGGGAACUUCAGAAGGAACAUAUGUCCUUAAAUUGGAUGGCGUGGAUGGCCACAUCUAAUCUUACGGGAGCAGUCAUUUAUGCAGCCAGGGUUCCAGAGAGAUGGGUUCCUCACAAGUUCGAUAUUUUCGGUGCCAGCCACCAGAUACUCCAUGUUGCGGUUAUGAUUGCUGCCGUUAUACAUUUUUGCGGCCUACUCAACGCCUUCUCCAUCAUUCGCUCAAAAGUGGACGCGUGUGUCAACUAA